CAUCAAAUACCAUCACAAUGUGUUGAUUCUUCAUCUCUAACUGAAGGAGGAAGUAGUAAAUUUUUUAUUGGUGGACGUUCUACACCUUCAAAGUCUUUAAAUACAUUUCAAAUGUCAAACAUGACUUUAUAUUAUAAUGGGAUUGAAGUUCCACCACAUGGUACACAGAUUAUUCCAUUAGAAUUAUAA